GUUUAUUUAUGUCACUACACGACUGUCAUUCGUUGUCAUAGUUUUACAGUGAAAUUUGCAAGGUUUGUUUUUCUCGCAAUAAAUGCGCGUUUGCUGGUGAAUACAAUCCCUGCUAGAUGGUAAAUAAUGGAUAGUGAGUACUUCUAUUGUCUACUUCCUCCUGUCACUUGUGUGGGGCAAAAGUAAUUGAGCCACUUUAUGACGGAAUUCUUCUUGACAUAAUUGACAACGACUGGCGUGCGGAUCAAUUACCAUUUGAUCGCAUUCUAGUCCCCAGUGAUAAACUUCCUGAUCCAGAGGCUGAUAGUAACGACUCACAUUUAACCCUUAAAGAACAGGAGCAAAAGUGGAAUGAUUUAGCUCUAACGUCCCUGGCACCGGAGUUCGGCUUCAUCGACCCAAUCAACACCAAUUCCGUUUAAACCAAUAACAAAAUGAAUCGUAACGCCGAUUUAAGAUCGUCCCCAUCCCUAACCGAAUUCCCUCGUGAAUUCGAAGAGGGAUCCGAAACUUUACUCACAAAAAUCGUUAAUAAAUUCUCUAGUGCUUAUAAUACAGGUUAUAAUAAUUCAAAUGAUAUAAAGAGCCCCGCUACCGACGACAACGAUUCAGCUAAUGCUUCUCAAUCAGAUUCCGCUGGCAAAGUAGAUACAGCUUCUGAUUCAAUCAGUGACAUAGAAAAUAAUUUUGAAUCAAAUGCUAAUGCCAACUGCGCGGUAAAUACUCCACAUUUAUCUCCACAAAGUGGUACCCCAUCAUUUCCUGGUGAAUAUGUAUCGGGUGAGGCGAAUGAAAGAAGUAUCACUAACAUCUUGAAUAGGAUCAGUAAUAUUGUAACAACAAGGAAUAGUGAUUUACGUAACUAUAAACACACGGAGCUACAUCGAUUCUGGAUGCCAGAUGAAAAAGCGAAAGAAUGUUACGAUUGUUCGCUGAAAUUUACAUCUUUUCGCCGAAAACAUCACUGCCGGCUUUGUGGACAAAUAUUUUGUUCAAAGUGCUGUAACCAGGUUGUUCCAGGGAGGAUAAUAAUGUGUUCAGGGGAUCUUAAAGUUUGUCUAUAUUGCUCUAAAAUUGUGUUGCGUUACUUAAAAUCUUCCGAGGUGAAACUGGAUUUAAAAGUUGAUCUAGAGGCUUUCAAAGAUAACCUAUCAAGUAAACUCUCAUUAAACGAUUCAUCGUCCUUUGGAACUCCAGAGCCGUCACUGAAACGAAAAAUCUCCGUUGGUUAUCAAGAAGAGCAGUUUCUAUCCAAUGCGAAUUCUAAUCUAACCAAUGAAGAUCGAAAGAGCAUUUUACAACAAUCUAAUUCGCUAAAGGCUCUCCAUGAAGAAAUGACCAGGUCGAUGCCCGGUCAGAAUUGUGGCGCUGAUUUCUUAACAUUUUUAAUAAAUGCUCGCAAGUCAUCGAAUAGAGUUCAAGCAAUCGCGAUAAUCAAUGCUAUGCUUGCUGCUGGAUUUGUUAUCCCUAUUGUACCCGAUACAGAGGAAACUGAGUUUGAGGAGACGUUGCACUAUAAAUUAGCAAAGCAAAGCGAAAUAAUCGAAAAUGCUGAGAGGAAUAACAUCGAUGACAAUGCAGUAGGCUCCGCAACGCAGUUGCAGCAUGUGGAAGAGAACAAAGAAGAUGUGUACCCUCCGAAAUCUACAGGUUGUUUCAAAGCAUCCAAAGAUAUGGAACUUGAUCACAUGCGUUCAAAAACAAAAACUGCAAGAGAAUUAGUGGAAUCCUAUUGCGAGCACGAGGAUAUGUUGAUUAGCCAGCUUUUGAAGCAUGAAGAUUUGGAUCAAUCUUGGGCCAAUAUACUGAUUCCGUUGUGUGCAAAAAUAGUGAAUAAAUUUCGCCCUCAUUUUGGUGCAAACGACUUCAUGGACAUACGAAACUACGUUAAUUUCAAAAAAGUUCAAGGUGGAGUUCGAGAGGAUUGUUGCAUAAUGGGGGGUGUAGUUUUUACUAAAAAUGUUGCACAUAAACGGAUGGCAAAACGCAUUGAACAUCCCAGAGUGUUACUUCUCCAGUGCGCGAUAGUAUACGAACGAGUAGAGGGAAAAUAUAUAAGCAUGGAAACUUUAUUAUUGCAAGAAAAAGAGUAUUUACGGAAUGUUGUCGGACGGAUAUUGAAUUUGAAGCCGAAUGUGGUGUUGGUUCAAAAAGGAGUGGCUGGUAUUGCCCAAGAUAUGCUUCGUAACCAUGGCGUUACUUUGGUAUUGGAUGUGAAAUCGUCAGUUAUGGAUCGUCUUGCGAGAUGUAUGCAGUGCGACAUUGUAACAUCGAUUGAAUCAAAUAUAAGUGCACCGAAGCUCGGAACUUGUGAUCUGUUUUUUAUUGAGAAUUUCCAAGAUGCCGGAGGUAUGACGAAAACUUUAAUGGGCUUUGAAGUGUAUUCCAAUCCUAAAAAUUACGCCUUCCUACUUCGCGGGGGAAACAAUAUGGAAUUGGCCAAAGUUAAAAAAGUCGCUUCCAUUGUGCUCUUUGCUCGAUACAAUUGGCGUUUUGAAAUGGCGUUUUUAUUAGAUAUAUUCGCUAAACCACCGACUUCAUCGUACUUAUCCAAACCAGAUAUGCAAAACGCUACUCAGAGCGUUGAAAUAAGCCCGAGAGACAACGAAGUACCGAUUGAUUCCAUUCCGUGCAUAGUAAAUGGAUCGAAUCUUGGAGAUCCACUCAGUAGUCAAAUUAAUAAUAGCCCGCAAGAUGAUAUUGAAACAAACGAAUCUCCUAUCCUGUCAGUAAGCCCAUACAUUGUGUUCCCUCUUCCAUGGAAAAAUUUUUCGAUACAGGAUCUAUCAAGCAUGUUUCUUGAAGGGUCGAAAAUACAAAGUUUACAGAGGCUUCAUGACACAAAUUCGGUUUCUCAAACUCAAUUGAAACCACAUCAUGAAUUUGUAUUAGAUAAAAUUACUCCUGCUGUUGGUAAUCGAGACUUCCAGGUGGCUUUGUCGGCAUUUCGUGCUUUAGGAGGGCGAUAUCCGAAAUCUACAAAAAUGCUCAAAAGCAACAAUAUAGCUGCUUCAACUAACCCUCGUAAGUCAUCCGAUGUUGCCGAGAAGCACGCAGAUAGCAAUACCUUCGAUUUGCAGAGCUAUCAGCGCUUGUCAGUAUUAUUCUGUAGUUUUUACCACAAUCCAAAAGCAGCAUCAUCAUUUUGCGCUCAGCCAACCAUAUUCGACAUGAAAUUCUAUGGGCAAAAUGAUAUAAUGUUGGGUCAAUUUUUGGAAAGAUAUUGUUUCCGUAGUUAUAUUUGUCAAAGUUGCAAACUUCCGAUGAUGGAUCACGUGAGAAGAUAUGUCCAUUCGAUGGCCUGCGUUCAGGUACAACUUUCUGAAGACAUAAACCAAACUAAGUCUGAUGAAAUAUUCGUAACGUCAUGGUGUAAUUAUUGUCGCGAAAUGACCCCAAAUGUUCCCAUCUCACAAGAUACCUGGUGCUUAUCAUUUGCAAAAUAUCUAGAGUUGCGUUUCUAUGGCCACUCCUAUCGGAAACGCGUAGCAAACAUAUCAGAGGACGAUGCUGAGAUAAAAAUUUCUGAAUUUGAUAAACAAAACUGUCGCCAUUCUAUUCAGAAAGACUAUGUACAUUACUUUUAUAGUAAAGGUUUCGGCGUUCGAUUCAUUUACUCGCCCAUAGAAGUUUGGGAUAUAAAUUUCCCUCCGUUGAAGAUAAAACUGGAUGCCUUACCAAAAUACGAUAGACCACAGUUUCAGGAGGAUAUCAAAAAAUUGUCAAUAAAAGGACAUGAAAUAUACUCAAAAAUCCAUAACCGAAUAGUAGAAUUGACAGCAGAGAAUGAACCUGAGCUUAAAACUAAUUUGACGUCAAUUUUAAAUCGAGAUCAAUCAAUUUUCCGACAUUGUAUUGAAGUAGUUCACACGUUAUUAGCCGAAAAGUCCACGCCUCCAUUCGAAUUGAAUGAUGCUCUAGUAAAAGCAAAACGUGCACUAGUUGAAAGUAUAGAUUUAUGGGGUCCUAGACUGUGUGAUCCUAUUUCUCAAACAAAAACUUCAAGCAAAUUAGAAGCAACGCCACAAAUCGAAGAAAGCACUAUAUGCACAGAAGAUCUCGAAACAAGUUUCGGGAACCAUGCCGCCGAGAAGCAAGGCGAAAGGGAUCUCCAUACCACUGGGGAACAAUCCACAUCCACUCAACACAGCAAAACAAGAGAGAUUUCAUCGAAAAAUUUCUCAGAAUAUAUAAUGGAAAAAAUUAAUCUCAAGCAACUUUUAAAUCAGUUACUACCACCGAAUAAUCAAAAUAAUAUCAUACCAUCCCCUUUUCCUAUCUACGAACACUAUACGCUUCCAAUAGGAGAAUUCCCGAUUGUCAUUCAAGAACAAGAUUUAAGUUCAAUUAUAGCUUAUAGUCUGGUGUCCCAUGAAUAUCGCAAGAUCACUGAGAAUAUUCACCACUCAACCGACUCACUGAACAGCCCAGUUACAAAAAAGAAAUCACAAGAUGGAUUAUUUGAAGGGGACACUAAGGAAGAGAAAAAGAGCGACGACGAUAAGAAGAGUAAGUCCCGGCCGUAUAUUGAAUUAUGCUUUCAGGAUUCAACUGCACAGUUUAUAUGCAAAAUAUUUUUUGCAAAAGAGUUUGAUGCGCUCAGGGCGAAGGUGUUUAAUGCAUCAAAGAAAGACACGGAAAAAUCCGAUAACGAUGCUAUUAGGAUUCUAUUUGCCCGUUCAUUGUGCAAAAGUAUGCAAUGGGAAGCAAGGGGCGGAAAAAGUGGUUUAAAAUUCAGCAAAACCUUGGACGAUCGAUUUAUUCUGAAAGAGAUGUCAAAAGGCGAUGUCAGCUUAUUUGAAAACUUUGCCCCCAACUACUUUGAGUACAUGAACAAAUGCCUCCAAAACGAACAACUAACUCUUCUGGCUAAAAUUCUUGGAGUAUUCAAAGUAACAGUGAAGAAAAAAGAUUUGGUUCAGGAACGUUCUCUACUUGUUAUCGAAAACCUAUUUUAUGAUUGGGAUAUUAAGAACAAAUUUGAUCUGAAAGGCUCAGAAAGAAAUCGACUUGUGAACCCGGAAAAUAAUGACGGAGAAAUGGUGUUACUGGAUGAAAAUUUGAUCAAAAUGUCUUGGUCAAAGCCCCUCUACAUCCAGUCGAAGAGUAAAACUACCCUUUGUGAAGCUAUUAAUAAUGAUUCAUCAUUCCUUGAACGAAAUUCCAUUAUUGAUUAUUCGUUGCUAGUAGGACUGAAUAAUAAGGAGAAUAUUCUGGUGUUAGGAAUAAUUGAUUACAUUAGGACGUAUACAUUCGACAAACGACUGGAAUCGCUUGUGAAACAAUCUGGUUUGCUUGGUGGACAGGGCAAAUUACCAACUGUAAUCGCACCCCAACGCUAUAAGCAACGUUUUAGGGAAGCAAUGGAGAGGUAUUUUCUAGCAGUGCCUGAACGUUGGGAAAAUGUAGAUAGGUCAAAGCAGUGUAACAACUCACCCUCUACCAAUACGAAAUUAUAACUCUAAAUUUUUAACAUAUUUAUGAAUUUUUCAUAGAAAAUUCUGUUAAUAAAACGCUAAUGUUAAAUAUC